AGGUUGGUCGUUUCAUUACAGGCUGGCUUGAGAGGCAGCAGAAUGGGAGUAGGGAAAAUGUCACCUUUUGCCUUCCGUCUUCAGGGGCUUACUGAGUUCUUGGAGAACAAGUAGUUCUUACAGAGUCUAUGGAGGGAAAGGAGAACCAUGAUACUAAGAGACUGUGAGCAGGAGGAAAGGGGGCAGCAGGCUGCCUGAACUAUGGAUAAAUUUGAUGCUAUAUAAAUGGAGGUCUAGAAGCUGAGAUUAAGCACUGAAGAGUGCAUGAGGAUUACUUUGUGGUGCUUGAGUUUUCAUAAGGGAGCCAUUUUGUUGGUCUCUAUUUAACUAUUCCAUACUACAGUGGAACGGGGAAGGACCCACAAUAAGAGGGGCCAUACCAGCUGGCUCACUGGAGAAGUUUCCCAAGUGUCACCAUUUUCUAUUAACAGGCAUUCUGAAUAUAAUUGAGGUUUCUUGAUCCAGAUCUCCCCAUGAGGCAGGAGGAGGAGCCGCCGGAUCGCGCCGAGGAGCAGACCAUGGGGAUGGCGCCGGAAAACGGCAAAGCUCCCAGGAUUGGGAACACCUGCUCCGCGAGCGUCUUCUGUAACAUCAAGGUGUUUGUUGCCUGCCAUAGCCUUCUGCAGCUGGCCCAGCUCCUCUACAGUGCCUACUUCAAGAGCAGCCUGACAACCAUCGAGAAACGCUUUGGCCUCUCCAGUUUGUCCUCCGGCUUUAUCUCCAGUUUGCAUGAGAUUGGGAACGUUGUCCUCAUCAUCUUUGUGAGCUACUUUGGCAGCCGAGUUCACCGGCCUCGGAUAAUUGGCCUGGGAGGCCUGCUGUUGGCGCUGGGGGCCUUUCUCCUCACUCUUCCACAUUUUCUCUCAGCCCCAUAUCAAUACACCACAGCACAAAUCAAUGCAGGUAACAAGAGCGGAAGUGCCAGAACCGAGCUCUGCAACAACAACGAAUUUGUGUGUCCAAGCACCAACGUGAGCAUCCAGGCCGAGGACAGCACCAUGUGGGCAAUAAUGGUCGUUGCACAGCUAUUGGCAGGAAUUGGGACAGUCCCCAUCCAGCCUUUUGGGAUCUCCUAUGUGGAUGACUUUGCUGAGCCAAACAACUCUCCCUUGUAUAUAGCAAUCCUAUUUGCCAUUGCGGUGUUUGGCCCUGCUUUUGGUUACUUGCUUGGUUCUGCAGCGCUGCGGAUAUUUGUGGACUAUGGGAGGGUCGACAUGAAGGAUGUGCAGUUGGUCCCAGGAGACCAGCGCUGGAUUGGAGCCUGGUGGCUGGGACUCCUCAUUGCCUCGGGUUGCUUGGUGCUCACAUCCAUUCCCUAUUUCUUCUUCCCCCGGUAUAUGCUCAAAGGGAGGCAGGCAGAAUUUGAGGUGGACGUCCUGAAGAAGAUUGAGAAGGCCAAGGCAGAGGAAGGAUCACUGGUAGAAUUUACCAAAAAGUUCCCCCAAGGCUUCCUGAGGCUGCUUCUCAACCCGCUCUUCAUGUUCCUGGUUUUGGCCCAGUGCAGCUUCUCCUCCGUCAUUGCUGGCCUCUCCACCUUCCUCAACAAGUUCCUGGAGAAGCAGUUUGGCGCCACCUCUUCCUAUGCAAACUUCCUGAUUGGAUCUGUGAACCUUCCUGCAGCUGCCCUAGGAAUGCUGUUUGGAGGCCUCGUCAUGAAGCGUUUUGCUUUCUCCCUCAAAGCUAUCCCACGAUUUGCCAUCAGUGUGCUCCUUGCCUCCACACUGUGCUGCCUCCCUCUGUUCUUCAUGGGCUGCUCUACAGAGAAGAUAGCAGAAAUUUAUCCAGACAGGACAUCAAGCUCCCCAGGAGAGGCUCAAUGCAACAGGAUGUGCUCCUGCUCAGAUUAUCUCUUCCACCCAGUCUGUGGAGAUGAUGGCGUGGAGUACCUUUCUCCCUGCCACGCUGGUUGUACUGGUUUAUUCAGUAAUUCUUCCACAUCCAGGGUUAAGAUCUACACAAACUGCUCCUGUAUCAAAACCAGCAAUGGCCAGUCCUCAGCAAAGACUGGUUCCUGCCCAGUCCGUUGUGCUUCUUUGCUGCUGCCUGUUAUUUUCCUCAUCUCCUUUGCUGCAUUGGUUGCCUGCCUGUGUCACAACCCUCUCUACAUGAUGGUGCUAAGGGUGGUGAACCCUGAUGAAAAGUCAUUUGCCAUUGGAGUCCAGUUCCUGUUGAUGAGAUUGCUAGCCUGGUUGCCAGCUCCUGCCCUCUUUGGCUUCCUCAUCGACUCCUCGUGCAUCUGGUGGAGGAAACAGUGCAACAAGAGCGGAUCUUGCACGUACUACGACAAUAACGUCCUCCGCAGCAGAUACCUAGGCCUCCAAGUGGGUUACAAAAUCAUUGGCAUCCUUCUCUUAACCAUUAUCGGCUGGAGGGUGACGAAGAACAAGGAAUACAACGUGCAAGACAAAGCUGCCGGCCUAGUAUAGCGCCGCAACCAGACCCAUCUCAAUUUAGCUCCAUGCCUGUAUUUACUAACAAUACUCGGCCUUUGUGCCUUUUGUUUUUUAAAAAAUAAAAAUAAAACUGUAAGGGAACCAUUUCAUAUUAGCAGCUGAACUUUUAGAACUCUGCAUUAUCAGCAUCUGCCGUGGGUAGCUCAGCUUAAAAGGACAUGUUGUCAAAUGAAGAACAAACAGGACUCUCGGUGACCAAGCACCUAAUCAGUGUUAAAAAGAGCCAGUGCAGCCGGCUAACCUUUUCAAGAGGCAGCUGCCUUGAAACCCCCCCCCCCAGGCCUCGGAAAGAAAAAGGGGGCAGCCAGCAAAUUACAGCGAGGGAAGCCAUCUUUGGGAUUGAGAGUACGCACUCUGCAGCCCCCAUGACAGGCUCAACAUGUGGAGGAUGCUUCUGAGGAGAUAGGUCAUAUGGGUUGGAGGAGAAGCAAGCAGGUCCCUUGGAUGGGAAUGGCACACAAAAACUGAUGAAGUUAAGAGAACCGUGUAAAUAGCAUUUGAAGUUGGUGAGGAGCGACCAGUUCUGUUUGCCAGCGGCUCCCUGUAUGGACCGACUCCAGCAAGCAUGUUACAUUAUGCCAUGAUUGACUAAGGUAUGGAACAAGGAGGAGGGGCGGGGAUUAUAACUCUGCUUGGGCCAACCCACUUUUGUGCCUUCGCUCUUCUCCCCUCUCCUUCGUUACACAGGUAGAGUGGACGUAAAUUCCACUCAAUGUAUAAAGUUCGUUGUUGUGAUAUAUAUAUUGAAUUUUUAAAUAAAAUCAACUUUCCCCCCAUUUCUUCACGCUUUUUAUUGAUCUCUAUUUAUUUGUGUAUGUGUUUGAAGGAGUCGGCUCCCAGCGUUCUCCCGGCCUCCAGGCCUUUCUGUUGCCAUAGUGAUGUCACGUCUGAUCUUGGGAUACAUGGAAUGGUGCUUAUCAAAAUUUCCAUUCAGCGAAUCCUCUCCAAAACAGAUUGGCUUGUUUCAAAUGCAGGAAAUUGCAUCAUAUCUGAUGAUGAAAGUACCCAAGUUUCUUUAUUUUUUUAAAUAAAAAUACCUUGCGUUUCAUUACUUUGCCCUCCGAAAAGGGGGAGGGGGGAGAUUUGUUUACAUUUUUAAGGCUCAAACAAAACCAACAUCUUUAACAUCUCUGAAUUAUGGUAAUUAGGUAUAUUGAAAUUUAGCCAUUAUAAAUCAAAGUACCACUGGGUGGCACUAUAACCUUUUUUUAGCUCGCAGGUCUACCCUGUGAGAUAAUGUUCCAGACAGAGGCACUGAAAGAUGCAAGGCAUUGCAGUGGAAGGCGGGGAGCUGUGUUGCCGCUGGUCUCCUCCCUCCCUGCCAGGACACCGGCGCCCAGAUCUUAGGGAGGAGGUAUCAGUGACAAACCUUUCCUCAGGCACCAAAAGGUCUCAGGCCGGCCCUGUUUACACGGGAGUCAGCCCCACUGAACACACUUCUGAAUAAACUUGUGUAAUACUGCACUGUUAAUGCCUUUUGUAAAACAGAAAAUGUUUGAGUGAAAAGACAGGUGUUUGUGGGCUGGAAACCUUGGCUUAGAGCAGCCUUUGCCAAUCCGGCCCCCUCCAGAUGUUUUAGACUACAAUUCCCAUCAGCACCUGCCAGCAUGGCUCUUACAUGAGCUCAGCUGCAAUCCCGGAGAACAAAAGGGUGGAAAAAAGAGAGCAGUGUCUCCUCUCCAUUCUUGUACAUUGAACUUCUCUGGCAAAUUAGUAUGAAAACCGUGUUUUCCUCAGGAGGGAUAGUUGUGCUUCCACCAUCCUGCUGUUCUCUCCUGCAAGCCUGCAGUUCAAUCUACUCAGUUUGACGAGAUCACGUAUCCCUGCCUUGAUACUUAAGCCACCCUGGGUUCUGUUUUGAUGAAAGUUUGACAGACGCCCAGGGCCAUAAACGGACCUGUGGGAAGACCUUGCCUGAAGUUGUGUAAUUCAGGUCAGCAGAGUGCAGUUGUCUCCCUCUAGUGGCUAGUUUGCUUGUAGUGCCGUGGAUUGGUGUUGGGAACAUGUGAAGUUGCUUUGUACAGAGUCAGCCCAUUCUGACUGUGACAUUGCUCCAAGUCAUGACCCCUCCUUCAAAUCCGAGCCAAAUAUUGAUUGGAGGGUGAACGGAAUCAACAGGUGACUGCUGGAGAACAUCUUAAUGGCCCGGGCAGGUAUCUCCUUAGUGGGCCACUUCUCUGCAAUUUCUCGAACAAUAAUCACAAAAUACUUUUACUUGGUAGUUUACUGGGAAUACUUUUGCUGGGUAGUUUGAGAGUCAUUUUGGCAAAAUGACACAUCUGUCUGUUCUCUUUCUCCAUCUCCUCCUCCUCUGCAUCCAAUGCACUCUCACCCCUGGCUUGAGAAGCAGUGUAAACACAACAUUCAGCACAAUUCAUAUCUAUCCUGUUGUUUCUUAAGGGCGCAUUUCAUAGCAAGCGAAGCUAGGGACAGGCAGUCACCAUUUUCACGUCAUUGUUGGGUAGGUCAGGGGUGGUGGACAUAGUGCUCAGGGCCCAUCAACCCUAGCUGGGGUUCUGAUGAAAUCCCCCCCCCCCCGCUGCUAUUUGCAGCAUGAGGGAAGCCUCCAUUGGUACCAUGACUGAGGUGGCGAGGUGAGAGUUAAACUCUCCCUGCCCACCUCCUACAGUCCCAAUGUUGCUCAGAUUCCUCAUUCAUGAACUUAACUUUUUUCCCCCCUGUUUGUGCCCUUGUAUGAGAAAGUUUUAUAAGCUGGCAUGUUCCUAUUGACCAGACAGUUAGUGUGUGUAGGGGACAGUUGGUGUGGACAGAGAGGUUUCUUUUCCCUUUCUCAUAACUCUAGAAUCUGGCAACAUCCAAUGAAACUGGAGGUUGAAAGAAUGAGGACAGACAAAAGGAAGUACUUAUUCACACACAAGCACCUAGUUCAUCUAUGGAAUUCGCUCCCACAAGGUGAAGUGAAUGGUCACCAACUUGGGACCAACUUUGAAAGAAUAAACCAAUUCCUAGAGGACAAUGCUGUCAAUAGCACUAGCCAUGAUAUGGCUAUGUCCCAGAGCUGGAGGCAAUCA